CAUCUUUAACACAUAAGUUAAUCACACUAGUUCCUGGAUAAGAACAUUCGAACAAAUACCAACACACACAUAAAGAACAAGAAGAAGAAAGAAUGUUUUCAAGGCUGUUCAAGGCUGGUGAAAAGGUUCUGUUCAAUCUUGUUAACAAGAAAGACUUUCACAUGGCUUCGAGCAACACAGAGAAUCCUCCUCCCAAAGUUCAAGAGCUCUACGAACUUUGCAAAUCCACUUUCACUGGGAAAACUCCUUCUCCUACUUCUACUCCUGUCCAAAAACUCUGCUCUCUCUUAGAUUCAGUGAGUCCUGGAGAUGUUGGGCUUGAAGAGGAAGCUCAAGAUGAUGAUAGAGGCUAUGGAGUUUCUGGGGUUAGCCGAGUAGGAAGAUGGGCUCAGCCGAUUACAUUCUUAGACAUUCAUGAGUGUGAUACUUUUACAAUGUGUAUCUUCUGCUUCCCAACAUCUUCAGUGAUUCCAUUGCAUGACCAUCCAGAGAUGACUGUGUUCAGCAAAAUCCUGUACGGAUCACUUCAUGUUAAAGCUUAUGAUUGGGUCGAACCUCCAUGUGUUGUCACACAAGACAAAUCUCAAGCAGCACGGUUGGCGAAACUAGUUAAAGACAAAGUUGUAACGCCACAGUCUGAACUACCAGUGUUGUACCCGAAGACUGGAGGCAAUCUCCAUUGUUUCACUGCGCUGACUCCAUGUGCUGUGCUUGACAUUCUCACACCUCCUUACAAUGAAAGUGCUGGCAGGUCUUGCAGUUACUACAUGGACUAUCCUUUCUCCACUUUCGCAAUUGAGGAAGGAGUGAAGACAGUAGAAGGAAAAGAAGAUGAGUACGCUUGGCUUGUGCAGAUCGACACACCUGAUGAGCUUCACAUGCGUCCUGGAUCGUAUACGGGUCCAACUAUUCAGGUUUAGAUUGUUGCAGUUUGGUUUUGUAGCUAAGUAGAGUACUCUUUGUGUAUCAUUACUCCAAGUUAAAUUUCUGGAGAGAGGAUGUCAAAUACAAUUUUGUGUUAAAGGUGAACUCCUUGUCCUUGUCUGCUUCACACGAAUACAAUCAAUUGAAACUAUUUUCAAUGUACAUAAAGGUCGGUAAUGAGA